CCUGAAGAUGGGUUUGUGUGAGUAUAUUGAAAUUUACUUAUAAAUCACAUUUAUGCGAGUUGCUUCAUGCUGACCGUUGUAAACUUUCGUUUAAACCUUACUAAGUUCCGUAAAUUCCUACCACUCAAGCUUAAGAACUUUCUGCACUUUAACGCGUUGAAGAAGUUUUAAUAUUACACAGGGCAAUCACAUUUACUAUUUAUAUUCAGGGGGUGAAAUAAGUAUUUGAUUACGCUAAUACAACUUUGUUCUGUUGUUUGCGACGCAUCAUAUUCAGUAUGCAGUUUUUCAAACAAUUUCUGAGAGACGUUUAGAAGCGUUACUGAAAUUCUAACAACUUUGGAAGCAAAUACUUUGCGAUUUGCUGUGAUCUACAAUGGGCAGCCCAAUAAAAACUCUUGAUCUCCGUAAAAAACCCUAGGUGCACAACUUGACAACUGUUUUCCGUCCAGUAUACGUCGUUAUGUAGGACUUAUUCUUUGUAUUCUGGAUUUAUUUUUUUUUGGACGAUAUCACUAUGGAUUUAAUUUCCUAAUUGAUAUUUACAAAUCCUUGGGUUUAUUCGCUUACAACUGCACACAAUCUGGUUGUAUGUACGACGAAGAUAUGUUUGGAAUCAGCUUUAACAUAUGGUUUGUUUCACAUUUGUGCCUCAUUACGUUGGCCGGAAUAUUUAUGGAUAGAGUUGGAUUGAGACCUUUAAAAUUGGUUUCGACGUUAAUGUAUGCUGCCGGUACUGUUAUGUUUGCUUUUACAACUGGCAAAGUGGCACCACUUUUCUUUACUGCUGGUGCUCUGGUUGCACUAAGUAGUAUAUGCAGCCUAAUUUGUAAUCAACAAAUUAGUUCAAUGUUCCCACAUUUUCGUGGAAUAUGCAUAUCACUUAUUUCCGGAGCCUUUGAUUCGAGUACAGUUGUAGCGUAUGCUGUAUCGAAAUAUCACCCCUAUUUUUCACUUCAGUGGUCAUUUAUAUCUUUAUCAAUAGGUUCAUUUAUUAUGGGUUUGUUCAUAGCAAUGUUCAUUCUCACUAUGAAGUCAGUAGAUAUGGAGAAAUUUGCAAAAACUGAAGUUACGAAAUCAGUUUUUCAGUCACGAGAAAGUUGUUUGGAAGAAUCAUCAUCAGUUGAUGUUGACAAAGAACUGUCGAAUGUGAUUAAUGAACGUUUCCCAACACUGAGAAAAUGCAUCUUUUCAGCUUCGUAUGCAUUGAUUAAUUUAUGGAUUACUCUUGGCUUAUUUCGUUUUGCCAUAUUCUUAAGUCAGUUAUACAGACAACUAGUUCAUUUGUUUCCAACAGAUAAGAAACUAGUUGAACAUCUGUUAGAAGUGUCUUCAGUUUUCUCAAUGUGCGGCUUUUUCGCAGCACCUGUUUCUGGAGUAAUUAUUGAUUUGUCUUUGAGGUGUUCACGUGAUAAAGUGGCAAAUAUACUGAUUAGUAACAAAUUCAAUGUAUCUAAUAGAAAAAUGUAUUAUAAUUACAUUUGUGGCUUAGUACCUGCGAUGACAAUAAUGUCCAUAUUUGCUGUUAUUUUAAGUACAAUGAUGUUUAUUCCCAACAUGGUUGCAAUUUAUACGGCAUUUGUCUGUUUAGUUAUUGUUCGAUCAUUAAUGUUUAGCGCAUAUGUCAGUUAUUUGUUGACAGGAUUUCCAAUACGUUAUUUUGGCACAUUAAAUGGUAUUUCAAGUGUCAUAUCUGGUUUAUUCAGUCUGUUACAACAUAUUUUUCUGCACACAAGCGGUACUGUGGCUAACUCAGUAUCGAUGGCAGCGUCUAUCGGUUUAUUUAUUACACCUUUUGUACUAUUGAUGUUAAGACGUUAAGUAUGUUUUGCAAAAGGUUAAUUUAUGGGUUUCUGAUUUAUUUAUUUCAAAUAUUUUACAAAAUUACCUAUGAUUGUUCCACUUAGCUUUUAUUUUUGUUCCACUUGCACAUAUUUAAUCAAAUGGUUCAUCUAAUCCUCCCUCCCUCGAUGCCCUCUUCCAAAACUGCCCAUUUUUGUGCUUCAUGAGAGCAUGAAUUUUGUGAUAUUUAUAUUUACUUUUAAAAAAUAUAAAUAAGUGAAUAAGAAAAACAACAACAUUUUGUACCGCUCUCUCUGGGAUUUCCGUUUAAUUAUCGUACUGCUUAUGUGAUUUCCAACCAAUUAUUCACAAUAUUUGUCAGCCGAAACAUAUUGAUGGGUUC